UCUUAAAUCGUUCGAGUCGCCAUCGAGUCGUGCAUUUUUGUUUGGCAAAAUGGCGUUCAUAGAUUCGAUCGUGAUGGAAGGCGCCCGGAUUGCGCUGAGGCAGGCAGCGGCGACGGCCGUGGCCACGUCCUCCAGCCUGACCAGUGUUCCGAACUCGUCACCCACGACAACCAUCGUUCCGGCAUCGUCUGCUGCUUCGCCAACCGCUACCGACACCAGCUCCCUUACCAACGACGCUGGAGGCUCUGGGGGGAAUGGAAACACAGCAAACAACAACAGUAACAACGGUGGAGGAAACUCGUCGUCAUUACUCUUCUUUGUUGCACUGGGCUUCGGCGUCGUCUUCACCAAUCUUUGGUGAGUUCCGGACGGGAAUGCAGUCCGUGAGCGAUGCUCGUCUGACAUCCGGCAGGAUUAUUGUCGGCGUCAAGUACUGCUUUCGCUAUAACGCGCGCAAUCGCCAGAUGCGUAACGACGACGGCGAGCCGAUCACCCUGGAGAACAUGCCCCGUCCUCACCGUCGGCGAAGGGAGAAGAAGCUCAUGCCGAUCGACGAAGUCAACGAGAAGUUUCCGAUGCUAAAAUACAAGACAUGGGUCACUAGCCGUGCUCAAGAAGGGCUGCCGACUCGCGGUGGCGUCUCGGCUCCCCCCAGCCGUCCGAGUAGUAUUCGACAUGCGGACGGAGUCGUUCCGGAGCUGCCGUCCAAGGAACACUCGACGACAGAUGACCAGCCAACAACGAGCGCGACGGUGACGGGAUCGGGUGCGCAAUUCGCUGCUGACGCGGCGCCGGAAAACCCCGAAAAAUCCGCCGUCAAGAUCCCUCAGCAUGCUCCCAAGGAGAGCACGUCGAGUACGGUAGGCGGCCUCGCCCGGCCAUCGAUGGAUUCUAACCACGAGCCCGAGACGACUGUGGUGCAAAAACACAUGAGUCAGCUUUCACAUGAUGACGAGGACGACGAGCACAUCGACGCUGCUCUCCCUCCCGAAUGCGUCGGAACAUCAGGCGACACUUGCGCCAUCUGCAUCGACACCUUGGAGGACGACGAUGACGUGCGGGGUCUCACGUGCGGUCACGCUUUUCAUGCGGCCUGCAUCGACCCUUGGCUGACCACCAGGAGGGCCUGCUGCCCGCUGUGCAAGGCUGAUUAUUAUACGCCUAAGCCGCGCCCGCAGGAGCGGGUCACGGAGGGUGCCGAUGGCACAACCGGCGUGAUUGCCGUCACGCUGCCUGGGGACAACACCCGCGGCCACAGCCGUAUGAACCUUCCAAGCAGACCCCGCCACGCAUUCCUCGGAUUUGGACGAUUUGAUCGAAGACCGACAUCCGCUAGGAGACGCACGGGUAAUGGAUCGCGAACGGCGGAGGAUGCGAAUUCUCCGGGCCUCGCCCCCUCCAGGUCCAGAACCACCUCGGACUCUGCGCCUUCGCCGCGGAGCGCGCCUGGCAGUACUGGGGCCGGCGGUCGUCUGUUUUCUGGUCUCAGGAAUGCAUUCCCAGCUUUCCGGAUCGGCACGAGCCGGAACGACCAUGAGCAGUCUGACGCAACAGCCUCCGGUGCUAUUCCGGCUGACACCACGCCCUCUCAACUCGAGGCAGGCACGCGGAAUUCGCGGAGCUGACAGCAACGCAGACGGCAGUUGUGAAAUAUCAGCUGUCAAAGCUCGUGAUGAGAGUUUCCCCGCUCGAUGCUCGGCGUACUCUCUCGCAUUAGACGUGUACCUCUCUCCCUCCGGUUACCACCCCCGGGCUGCUGUCUCUUCCACCGAGCUGCCUAGGUCUUCCAUCACCUCACGCCGCCUCGACUGACGGGUCAACGCCCGUCAUCGUCUACCUACCGCACUUCGUCCUGGCGUGGGAUAACACGAUAUACGCUAUCUCCCUCUACGCA